AUGGCAUCCCCAAGCCAAACACAAGGCUCAGCGCCUCCAACACAACCCGUCUCGCCCCCGGCAGAUUCCACGACUAACGGAGUCUCUGCACCCACCGUGACCCAAUCUCAGGCCAAUGCCUCAUCAGGACCCCCUACAACCGCAACAAACCCCCAACCACCACAAGUGCCAGGCACAUCAGCCCAAGAUAGCGGCAAAUCACGCCGGCCACGUGAUGUACGGCUAGUGCAUAUGCUCCUGGCCUCACUCGGCGUGACCUCCUAUCAAGACCGCGUCCCGCUCCAACUCCUCGACUUCGCAUACCGCUACACAGCCAACGUGCUUCAAGACUCCGUACAUCUCGCGACAGAAGGCUACGCAGCCGCCACAGACAGCAGCUCGGGCGCAAAGGGGAGCUCGGAAGUCAACAGUGUUUCCCUGCCGGCAUUGCGGCUGAGUAUCGCCUCGCGCCUACAUUUCCAAUUCCAGACCGGCCUGCCGAAAGAAUUCCUUAUGGAUGUCGCGUCGGAACGAAACCGAAUUGCUUUACCUGGUGUUUCGAGGGGCUUUGAUCCUGCUGUUGGGGCUGCUAAUGGCGCUACUGGUGCUGCCAACCAGAGUAUCAUGAUGGCUGGUAUGCGCUUGCCUCCCGAGCGCUUCUGUCUUACAGGCAUGGGAUGGAAUAUGAAGGAUGAGUGGGAUAGUGAGGGCGAGGAGGAGGAAAUGCCUGAUGCGGUGCAGCAGGGGUCUGGAAAGGCAUUUGGUGGUGCUGAUGGCGCCGAGGACGGCGAAGAUGGCGGCGAAGACGAGGAAGAUGAUGGGAAGAUGGAGGAUAUCUUCGGCGAGGAUACAGCCAUGGGUGAAGCGGAGGAUGAGGAUCGCAAGAUGACUGAUGUUUAA